CAAGUGUUACGAGUCUACGGCCACGCGGCGCGGAUUCUCGCGACGCGACCUAUCCUCCGCCGCCGACGGAGACGUCUGGUGCCGCGACGAACGACGCUUUUCCGUCCCCCUCCGCUGCCCACUGCGAGAUCGCAUCCGAUUUUCUCGCGGAACAUCGCGAAUUCGGGAUCCCCGAAUCGAUCAACGGCGAAAGCAAUCCAGAUUUUCAUCUCCCUCCCCCGUCGUGAGAGUCUGCCUGGAAAAUUUACUGCAUCGCAUGUGUUUUCUGGCUUUUUUCUCAUAUACAGUUUAUAUUAUUAUCUUCGAGGGUCAAAAUAUCGGUUGAAUUUCCAAUUUGAGGAAUCCAAUAUAUUGGAGAGGGUGAAAGGAUUGAGGUAUAGGUGACGUAUUGGAGAACGCUGAAGAUGCAACCGGCGGGCGCGCCGCGAACGCCGGGUUCUCCAACGCGUUCCUCGUACCAUGAGCGCGAUCGGGAGCGUGAAAGGGAACGCGAACAGGAGCGAGAUCGCGAGCGAGAGCGUGGCGGAAGGCAGAGUCGAACGAGUCCUGUGGAGGAUCGAGAGGAUCGCGAAGAGCGGGGUUCGAUCGCGAGACAGAGUCUCGGGCCUCCUGCCGCGAUUUCGGGGAGUCAAGGAUUGCCGCUGUCUUUGUCGCUGGAAGACCGGGAGCUCUGGACUAGAUUUCAGUGCAUCACGAACGAGAUGAUCGUCACGAAAAAUGGAAGGAGGAUGUUUCCCGUGGUGAAGGUCGUUGCACGUGGUUUGGAACCAGCAGCUAUGUAUACUCUGCUACUGGAAUUCGUGCAAGUCGAUCCGCACAGGUGGAAAUACGUCAACGGUGAAUGGGUGCCAGGUGGGAAGGCGGAAGUGGCUCCGCCUAAUCCGAUUUACAUACAUCCGGAAAGCCCAAAUUUCGGAGCCCAUUGGAUGAAAGAGGCAGUAUCAUUCGCUAAGGUCAAACUAACGAAUAAGUCAAACGGUAAUGGGCAGAUCAUGCUGAAUUCGUUGCACAAGUACGAGCCACGUGUUCAUUUAGUCCGAGUGGGUGCCGAAGAACAGAGAACGGUUCUCACCUAUCGUUUCCCCGAAACACAAUUCAUCGCGGUGACGGCGUAUCAAAACGAGGAAGUUACGAGUCUGAAAAUCAAAUAUAACCCAUUCGCGAAGGCGUUUCUCGAUGCCAAGGAGAGGCCCGCCGAUUCACAGACUUAUCCGCAAUAUGCAGGCGCGUUGUUUCUACCACAACCUACAAUGGGAUACGAAUACAACGCAGCGUCGGCGAUAGCCGUCGCGCAAAACCAAGUAUCGGCUUGUGUUAGCAAUCACUUCUCUAAUUCGUGCACCGUCACCACAUCUGGGCACAGAAGCACCUGCAGAGCAGCGCCUUAUACUUUGAGACACAAGUACGUCCAAGAUGAACAGCACGCGGACGCGUACGCGCCGAUGCCGCUCUUGCAUUCCACGGCUUACGUAGCGGCUCCGGCCUGGUCGCCGCGGAGUCCGGAAUCGCUGCAGAAUCUCAAUUCCGCGUGCUUGCCGCCCGCCGCGUCGCAGGAGUGGCCGACGUCGCCGUCGCCGUCGCCAACGUCGCACACGGUCCUCGGCAGAGCCGUGGUCGGUACUGUCUCCACCACGGCCACCGUGACCGGCUGCACUCUGUACGUGCCGUCGAAUUUAUCGUCUCAGGAGCAACACGGCGGACACUGUACUGACUCGUCUUGGAUACAUUCCAGCACGCUGGAACAGCAACAGCAGCAACAACAACAGCAGCAACAGCAACAGCAAUCCUACUUGAACUUGAAUCUUCAUCUGCAUCACCAGAUGUCCCCGUACGGUUCCGUUUCGCACGCAGGCUUACACCACGCGGGCUUGCAUCCACAAAGUGGAGAACCCGUUCCUCCAGCGGACGCGAACGAAUACGUUCACGAGUAUCAUCACGCCUCGCCGGUGCAAUCGACCACCCCCGAUCAGCAUCGUCAUCAUCAUCAGCAGCAGCAGCAUCAUUCCCAAGCGCAGAUGUUGCAUCUGCAGGCAUUGCCGCAGACAGAAACGUCUUCGCCGGUCAGCGUAGAGUAUGACAGUCCGCCUAAGGAGCAUCCCCACAUCCAGAUGGGUUAUCCUGAGCAAACCGCAGACGCUUUGAACGAGGUGCAGCAGCAGGAUGACGAAAGACGAUACCUGACCACGGUUGUCGAUCGCCACCCUCAUCAUCAUCAUCCACAUCAUCAUCAUGAUCAUCAUCGACAGGACACGGAGAUCGCCGGCGAGCAGCCGAACGCUUGGACGCCGUUGACACCACCACCGGCGCCCCAGACCACCGCCAUUUGACUCGAAUUUAUACACUGGAAAUUAUGCACAAGCAUUAACGCGUACGCGAAAAUGCACGUCCGAGCUCAGUAUCGUGUGCAACAUCGUCAACGUGGGGAAUAUCGUCACAGCAAUCGAUGAUGAUUUGAUGAUGCGACAUCAGAUCGAUGCUAAAUAUAUUAAACGCGGCGAUUAAUUGAGAAAAUUCUUAUCGCGCACAAUAGAUGUUAAAUUGUAUCGAUCCGUCCUAAAUAAUGUAGUAUUUCGAGUAUUCUUAAUCGAUCGCGAAUAUUAAUAGCUAUGUCAAGUAUGUCAUGA